GUUCUCACCUCUUUCAAUCCUUCCAUCAUCAUCGCGGCUCUUUUCCGAGCGGAUCGACUGAUAUUUCCCUUAUGCCCCUCUAACGAUCUCUCUCUUCCAGCCACCCACCUCCAACUCCCAUGGCUGCUCCAAGUACUUCUUCCCCUCCUAUCAGGCAGAGCUAUAACUCAACUGGUACUCAUACAACAUUACCCGAUGCCACAGGAAAGAAAUCUGCCAAGAAAGAAAAUCAAUUUAUUAUUCGGAAUGGCUCAAGACUCCAUGCGUACGGGAGAGACAAGGCGCCGUACCCUCUGUCGUAUGAUCGAGAUGUGUUCGACAUUCAGUGCAUGGACCACCUCUUGAUGUUCAAAGCAAAACAGACCGUCAGUUUCAUUGACUUCAAGGGGAACACACCCAAGCGUUGCUUAGACCUUGGCACUGGCCUUGGUGAUUGGAUCAUUGAAGCAGCAAAAUUCUGGCCGGAUUGCAGCUUUGUUGGAUAUGAUCUAGUGAAUGUUCAGCUACCGUUGUCCUUAUUCAAGGAAUUCGAUCCAGACCUUCCUUCACGGAUAGAAUGGGUGCACGGCAAUUUGUUGCGGCAAAAGCUGCCAUUCGACGACGACGAAUUCGAUUAUGUUCACAUUCAAGGUCUGGCGUUUGCUGUUCCAGAGUCCAAGUGGCCUUCUGUUUAUGAAGAGAUCAACCGGGUUCUACGACCAGGCGGCGCCAUUGAGCAGAUAGAAGAGGAUGCGAUUUUCCCCACCGUUCCGCGGUGGUUUACAGCACCGCUUCAUGCUCAAGUAAAGCGACCAUCCGCGCAUUUCCCCGACGGCACCCAGCGUUCACUUCUACCGAUACCUACAGUAUCAACAGCGCAUUCACACGAUCAUGCGUUGCUUGAGUUCCUCUUCAUGUCAGUAUUUGAGAAUCGUUUUCUCAACAGAACGCCCAGUUCUGUACUUCCCGGGUAUUUUUCUGCUAUUUUCAGACAUGUGCUCAUGCCGCCUGUUCUGAACUUCCCCAUGCCGCCUCUAGCCCCUCUUCCACCACUCCCGAACGAACUCGGCAGUCCCUCGACGGUCUCUAGUGACCUGUCAGAUACUACAACCCUAUACCUUCCAGACUUUGAACUAGACUCAUUGCAGAGUCCGCCAUCAUCGGAGCGAUCACCUGUAUCUAUCAUUGAUGCAAGCACAACGGAUGUUCAGCCCUUUUCGCUGGAAGAGGUACUUCCAUCAACGGAUUACGGUCGAAACCGGUCAUCAUCUACGUCAACGGGUAGCACGCUUGCCGACCCACCUACUGGACCGGUCUUGCCUAAGCCUCCGGUUUCGGCACAGAGACGUUCUGUAGCGUUCAGUUCGCCAGAGAUGAGUACACGAAUAGGGGACGACACAGUGUUAAACCUAUUCCCAAUCGAUGAGUUGACCUCACUAGAGGAGCAUGCGUUGUCGAUGCAAUUAUAUCGAGCGGUUGGUUCCGUGUUGGCUGUGAAGGAGGCGAUGUGGGAGGAGCUGAUGGAGCAGAUGAAGGAUAAUAAGGACCGUUUGAGAGGAUAUGGAUGGGAAAAUGACGAUGAGCAAAGUGUCAACAGACAGAAGUUUGAUUCCCUGGUGGAGAGAUACAAAGGUGAUAUGCAUGUCCGUAUCUCGUUGUGGCACUCUGCAACGAAAUAUGGAUGGCAAUACCCUCGCAGAGACCCUCUUAGCAAGGGGGAAUUAGUAGAAGAGGAACGUAUGCGCAGAGCUAUCAUGGAAGCGCGGAAAUGUGCUACAGAAGCAGAUUUCCAGACUCCCAGUCGCUCAUUACGAUUACUUGUUGGCGACCAUAUUGUCGUCCGACAUCGAGAUACCAUUUUGACUUGUUCAAGGACGCUACAUUCGCACUGUUUGCACUGUUAUUUCUGUACGACUUGUAUGACUAUUACGUUGUAUGCAUUAUAGAUGGAUGUACGAUCACACUACUCUCUUCGCUUGGUCAAUGUACCAUUUUCUUUUGUGUAGUGCAGGUUAAAUCCUCCUCACUUCCGUCUAUUCAAGUAACAGACAGCCAAAAACGGCAAUUAUUCCUCUUGUGGGUGCAUGUGUACUUUCCCCUCAAACUCCAAGUCAGAUCCUUUUUUAUUUUAUUUUUACCAAAUAUCAUUGUUGACUCCAAUCUUA